AUGUGGCAAGCCAAGCUAGAUUGGGACGAGGAUCUGCCCAAGGUUUGGACCGACAAGUGGCUCACAUUCCGAACGAGCAUCCACGAAACGACGGGAUUUGCCAUCAGCCGCUGGAUUAGCCAUUUCCCCGGCCAGGAGCUCCAGCUCCACGCAUUCUCAGAUGCAAGUCGCCGAGCCUUAGCGACCGUGGUCUACUCUCGAGCGGCCGAGGACGGCGGGCGGGGAUUCACGACCAUCAUCGGCGCCAAGUCCAAGCUGGCUUCGAUCAAGAGCCUUAUGCCGGCUUCUGAAAAGCGCGCCAGAAUGACAAUCCCACACCUGGAGCUGAGAGCCACGCUCAUCGCGGCGCAGCUCUUAAGGAACGCCGCAGCCGCUCUCUCCGUUCCACUGACGAGCUGCCAUCUAUGGAGCGACUCCCAGGUGGCUCUUCACUGGCUUCGCUCGGACAGCCCAGUCGGUCAUGACCUCAUUGACAACUACGUGGCACACAUUCAGGAACUCGCCGAGGGAGUUGCCUUCCAUCACAUGCCAACCGAUUGCAAUCCCGCUGACGUCGCCACCCGCGGGACAGACGCCACUCAGCUGGCUCACCACCCUCUCUGGUGGAAAGGUCCCGCCUGGCUCCCUCGUCCGACGAGCGAGUGGCCCAAGGAGGAGGAAACAGUCCCUCUUGCGACCACGUCGCAAUGCCUCAUCGCAGCUUGUACGAAGAUCACUACCGAAACGGACUACAUUGAGAGGUUCUCGUCGCUGGGCGCUCUCCUGAGAGGCACGGCCCGGGCCAUUCGCAUCCUGAGAUGCCAAGAAGGCCUUCUCGCACCGGUUACCGCCAAUGAGCUCCGGCAUGCCUUCGUCGUCUGCGCCAAGAUCUCGCAGCGUAGACAUUUCGCCGAAGAGUUAACUCGUCUCAGCAAAGACGGCUCUCUGCAAGGAUGCCACCAACUCAAGUCGCUGGAGCCUUUCAUGGAUGGCGACGGGGCAGUUCGAGUCGGGGGACGGCUCGCUCGGUCGCCUCUGUCUUUCGACGAGAGACACCCAAUACUACUCCACGGGAUGUCCGCCUUCGCUCAGCUCGUUAUCCACUGGGCCCACGAGCGCUGCCUCCACGGGGGCUUCCGAGCGACCUACUCUCUCGCCCUCCAACGAGCUUGGAUCACCGGAGCCCGGGUCCGCAUCAAGAGGUUCAUACACCACUGCACACUGUGUGCUCGACUGACUGCACGCCCUGCCUCCCAACAAAUGGCCGCUCUACCACCGGUCAGAGUCACCCCCGCUCGACCAUUCUCUAAGUGCGGGGUUGACUACGCCGGGCCGCUCUCCAUGUGCCGCAACAAGGAGAGAGGCGCUGCCACGUUGAAAGGUUACGUUGCGCUAUUUGUGUGCCUCUGCACAAAGGCAGUGCACCUGGAGCUCGUCAGCGACCUCACCACAGCCAGUUUUCUAGGAGCCUUCACUCGGUUUGUCGGGAAGUGUGGGAGACCAGCUGAAGUUUGGAGCGUCAAUGGCACCAACUUUCGAGGAGCUGCAUUGGAGCUGAGACGUCUGCUCCGAGAGGCCGAAAUCGACUGGGGCGUCGUCGAGAGCGAACUCACCAAGGAUGGAACUUCGUGGAAAUUCAUUCCGCCCUCGGCACCGGACUUCGGGGGCCUGUGGGAGGCCGGCGUCAAGUCAAUGAAGAGACACUUGAUGCGGGUGGCCUCUCCUCACCGCCUCACUUACGAGGAGCUCACUACUCUUCUAGUUUCCAUCGAAGCUACUCUGAACAGCCGCCCGCUCAUUCCGCCUGCUGGUGACCUCGAUGACAUCGAGGCCCUCACUCCUAGUCACUUCCUCAUCGGGACUUCAGCCACCUCUUAUCCUCAGACUAGCAGUGCCGGCCAGCCCCUAUAUAGAGCUAGUCAUUGGGAGCUCGUCCAGGCCAUGAGGAGUCACUUCUGGGCCCGCUGGAGUCGGGAGUACCUGAAUACACUCCUCCAGAGGUCAAAGUGGAAAUCUUCUCAGCCUAACCUCGAAGUCGGAGAUUUUGUCAUCCUCCUCGACCCCACUCUGCUUCGACCGGACGGCCGAUGGCCUCUUGGCCGCGUGACGGCCACCAUGCCUGGAUCAAAUGGCCUCGUGAGAGCGGUCAACGUUAAAACCGCCACUGUCGAGUAUACUCGACCCAUCGUCAAGGUCGCUCGGCUACCUAUCCAAGACACUUCCAGCUCGUCGACAGCAGCAGCCCCAUCAAAUGAAGUCGUUCCCGGAACGAGGCGGGCGGGAUGUUUGGAACAAGCGCGCACCCAGCGCCCUGCCGCUACCGGCGUGCGGCAGGGACGAUCGCUGACGCCUUAG